AUAAAAUCCACCACAUUGAAAAGAUUUAGAGACAGACUCAGACAAUGGAAGACGAUCAUCACGUAAAUGGGCCCACCAGAGGAAGCCCAGAAAGCAGCCCACAUUCAGAAACUGGAUGCAACCACAACAAUAUCAACAACAACGACGUUACCAAUAUUGGCACCAACAGCGGCAACAACAGCAGCAACAACAACAACAACAACAAUAGAGAACAAGAUCGAUUUCUUCCUAUAGCGAAUGUGGGCCGUAUCAUGAAAAAAGCCAUCCCAAGCAAUGGCAAGGUGUCCAAGGAUGCUAAGGAGACCGUCCAAGAAUGCGUGUCGGAGUUCAUCAGCUUCGUGACGGGGGAGGCAUCAGAUAAAUGCCAGAGGGAGAAGAGGAAGACAAUCAAUGGCGACGAUCUCAUAUGGGCCAUAACAACACUGGGGUUUGACGAUUACGUGCACCCACUUAAGCUGUAUCUGCUAAAAUAUAGAGAAUUGGAAGAAGAGAAGCUUACAAUGCCUAAGCAACACCAAACAGACCAGCUACCACAACAAUUGCCAUUGGAUAGUCCUCAAUCUUCAAUAAUGUAUGCUAAUCAGCACUUCUCAUUGCCUUUCUCCCCAAAUGCAAUGCAACAACACCAACAAGCAAAUGACCCAAGAGCCCAAUGGUAA